AUGGCCCAGCUUCCUCGGUUGUCUCGCGAGGAAUAUACUGUAGGAUGGGUGUGCGCGCUCCCGAUCGAGCUGGCGGCGGCGCGGAAAAUGCUGGACGAAGAGCACCAAGACCAUGAGCGCGAGAGCGACGACAUCGAUGAGAAUCUAUACUACCUAGGAUCGAUUGCUGGGCAUAAUGUCGUGAUUGUAUGCCUACCAGCAGGACGCAUUGGCAAUAACCCUGCGGCGGUCGUGGCGACGCAAAUGAAGGCUACAUUCAAGGGAAUCCGAUUCGGACUGAUGGUCGGCAUCGGUGGAGGAGUACCCAGCCCGGCGGCAGACAUCCGGCUCGGGGACGUGGUGGUCAGCCAGCCUGACAAGACGUUCGGCGGGGUGGUGCAGUACGAUGCUGGCAAGGCGACAGCGAGCGGGUUCGAGCGGACGGGAUUGCUUAACACGCCACCGCAGGUACUGCUCAGCGCGGUUGCGAAGGUGCGAGCAAAUGAAUUCCUAGGUGAGAGCAGGAUGUUAGAGCACAUGAGCAAGCUGGAGCGCAUCCCUAGGUUCCAGCGAAGCCAGGCGGGGCCCGACGUUUUAUUCGACGCAAGAUACGACCAUGAGGGUGAGCAGACAUGCGAAGGAUGCAAGAAAGAUCACCAUAAAACUCGGAAGCCACGCGACGAGGAGGUCAUGUCUCACUACGGGACGAUCGCGUCGGGGAACCAGGUGAUGAAGAACGCGGCAGAGCGAGACAGGGUCAGCGCGGAGCUUGGUGGGGUGCUAUGCUUCGAGAUGGAGGCGGCGGGCCUAAUGAACAGCUUCCCCUGCCUCGUCGUUCGUGGCAUCUGCGAUUAUGCGGACUCGCAUAAGAAUAAGAGGUGGCAGCCGUAUGCUGCGGGAAUUGCGGCGGCGUAUGCAAAGUAUGUGUUGUCCGUGAUCCCGCCAGCUGCCGUAGCGAAGACUCGGACAGCGGAGGAGGCAAUUCAGAGCGCACGGAAGAAAGCAAUCUACUCCAUUCCGUUCCUCCUCAACAAGUCCUUCGUUGGGCGAAAGACUGAGCUCAAUGAAUUGAUGCAGAAACUCAUGGUCGACAAGGCGUGCUACCAGAUGUCGAUUGUUGGGCUCGGCGGGAUGGGUAAGACACAAGUGGCGCUCCAGUUCGCGUACAUGGUGAAAGAGCGCUGGUCCGAGAUGUCCAUUUUCUGGAUGCCUGCGCUGAGCAUGGAGACGUUUGAGCAGGCGUGCGCUGAAGUAGUACGACUGCUCGGCGUACCCAAGGCAGCCGAUGGCGAGGACGAUGUGAAAGAGCAGUUUAAGCGGCAUCUGGGCACGGUGCGGGCAGGGAAGUGGCUGUUGAUUGUUGAUAACGCUGACGAUGCAGAUAUUGUUUUCGGUGGUGCUCACUCGAAGGGCGUUGUCGACUACUUGCCACAGAACGAAGAGGGUGUGAUAUUGUUCACCACACGAACGCUAGACGUAGUAGGGAAGCUGACAGGCAGCCAUGUGCUAGAGCUUGGCGCCAUGGACCGACAAGAUGCAACGACCUUUUUGACUAAAUCGCUGAUCAACAAGGAGCUCCUUAGCGACAGUGCCGCCACAGCAGACUUGUUGGAUGAGCUAGUGUGCCUGCCUUUGGCGAUUGCACAGGCAGCUGCUUACCUAAACAGGAACAGGAUGUCUAUCCAAGAGUACUUGCGGCUACUACACAAUACGGAGCUAGACCUUGUUAAGCUUAUGAGCAGAGAGUUUUGUAAUGACACCCAGUACAAAGGCACGGAAAACGCAGUAGCUACAACAUGGGUGGUGUCAUUUAGUCAGAUCCGCGCACGCGAUAAGGCAGCUGUGAAACUUCUGUCUUUCAUGUCGUGCAUUGAGUGGAAAGCGAUACCGCGGUCUAUUCUGCCGAGAGUGCGGUCCAGAGUGCGGAUGACAGACGCUAUUGGCACGCUCUGUGCAUACUCUUUUCUAACAAGACGAGAGAAUGAAGACGAGUAUGACAUCCAUCGACUGGUACAUCUAGCAACUCGGAUCUGGGUUAGGCAGUACGGCGACACGAGAAAAGUGGUGGAGAAGGGUAUCAGACAUUUAGUCCGCAUUUUUCCCUCGAACGACUAUGAGAACUGGAAAAAAUUAAGGGCGUAUUUGCCACAUGCGCUGCGGCUGCUCAAAGACAAGCAAGGCUAUGUGGUAAAAGAGAGGUCAGAGCUGUGUCUCUUAGUAGGACAAUGUCUGCGGGCUGACGGGAGGAUCCAAGAAGCAGUGAGAUGGCUUAAGAAGUCGUGUGAACAGAGGAAGACACUCGACAAGCGCAAUCCGAAGCGGCUACGUUCACAGCAUUCGCUCGCUAUAGCAUACGAGGCCAACGGACAGGCUAAGAAGGCAGUAAAGCUGUUAGAACACGUUAUCAGAAUACGAGUAGAAUUGCUCGCAGAAGACCAUCCCAGUCUAUUAGCGUCGCAGCACGUACUCGCAAUGGCAUACGAGGCCACCGGACAGGCUAAGAAGGCCAUCGAGCUGCUAGAGCACGUUGUUAGGACAAAAGCAAAAAUGCUCGUAGAAGACCACCCUAGUCUAUCAGCGUCGCAGCACGUACUCGCAAUAGCAUACGAGGCCAACGGACAGGUCAAGGAGGCCAUCGAGCUGCUAGAGCACGUUGUUAGGACAAAAGCAAAAAUUCUCGUAGAAGACCACCCUAGUCUAUCAGCGUCGCAGCAUGCGCUCGCACGCGCAUACCAUGCCAACGGACAGGUCAAAGAGGCCAUCGAGCUGCUGGAACAUGUAGUUGGAAUAGAACGGAGGAUUCAUAGGCCCGAUCAUCCCGAUCGACUGGAAUCUGAGAGCCUCCUGAAAUCUUGGCAAUGUGAGUUGUCGCCGAGCUGA